UCUCUCACUUGGGGAUUCGAGAGGCGCACGCAACAGCGAAGAGACAGGAGCUUCAUUCUCCACGCAAAAAAAGAAAUGGACCGGCAACACAGCUUCGACCGGCAGGUGGACGUCCAGGACCACGUUCACUACAUCGUCGCCUUUUUUGUCCUGGUGAUCGGAACAGUUGGCGUGACGGGGAAUGCCUUGGUCAUGUAUGCGUUUUUUUGUAAUAAGAAGCUGCGCACCCCUCCCAACUUCUUUAUCGUGAACCUGGCAGUGAGUGACUUCCUCAUGGCCAUCACACAGUCACCCAUCUUCUUUGUCAACUCCCUCUACAAGGGCUGGAUUUUUGGCGAAACGGGUUGUAAAAUGUAUGCCUUCUGCGGAGCCUUAUUCGGAAUCACGUCCAUGAUCAACCUUCUGGCCAUCUCUAUGGACCGCUACAUCGUCAUCACCAAGCCUCUGCAGGCCUUACAAUGGACCUCCAAGCGACGCACUUGCUUCAUCAUUUGUCUGGUGUGGCUGUACUCGCUCGCCUGGAGCCUCGCACCACUUCUGGGGUGGAGUUCUUACAUACCAGAAGGCUUGAUGACGUCAUGCACGUGGGACUACGUGACGUCGACGCCUGCCAAUAAAAGCUACACCUUGAUGCUAUGCUGCUUUGUCUUCUUCAUCCCACUGGGCAUCAUAUCCUACUGCUAUCUGUGCAUGUUCCUGGCUACUCGCCACGCCAGCAGGCACCGCUUUACGUGUCCUGCCAGGGAAGUGGAGAAGUUGGGCUCUCAGGUGAGGAAGUCAACGCUGAUUCAGCAGCAGACAAUCAAGACCGAGUGGAAGUUGGCCAAGAUUGCCUUUGUGGUGAUUAUCGUGUUUGUGCUCUCCUGGUCACCCUAUGCAUGUGUCACCCUCAUUGCCUGGGCAGGAUACGCAAGCGUUCUGAACCCCCACUCCAAAGCCGUCCCCGCAGUUAUUGCCAAGGCCUCGGCCAUCUACAACCCUUUCAUCUAUGCCAUCAUUCACUCGAAAUACAGGGACACUCUAGCUGAAAAAGUCCCCUGUCUACACUUCCUAGCCCAGGCCCCCCGGAGGGACCCCAUGUCAGCGUCACAUAGCCAGUCCUCCUUCAGGGACUCGGUGCUGAGCAGGCAAUCAACUGUCUCCAAAAACAAGUUUCUACCAGUUUCGUCUUCCUUAUCCACAAUGGACACUGUGAGUUUGGCUCCCCCUGCAUAUUCGCAGUUCACUUUUCACAACUCACAAACGUGUGGAUUUUUUUUAAAACUCUCUAAGAUGCUGCCAAAACCCUGCCUAAAUGGGAAAGUAGCACUGUAAUCAAGGAAGUAUAGUGAAGUGAUAUAUCUCGACUGAGAGACAAGGAAAAGCUGAGUUUAGCCCAAGACGUACGGUUAUGUACUUCUAAGGUACGUUUUGAAUUUUGUACAAAUUUGGAUGACAUUGACGCAAAGCAAAC